UCCGUACGCUCUCGUCACAUUGAACGUAUUAAAUGGGAAACAUGUUUGGAGUCUUCAGGAAAGAAAGGAGGAAUGAAGAUUGCUCCACAUGAGAGCCCGAGGAAACUUUCCAAACUUCUCACAACUUUUAUGUUUCUAUUACAUGCAUGUGAGUCUGUGGAACUACUUUUAUUCCUGAAAAAAAAGACACUGUUGAACUGCAUGGCACUGCUUAUUUAUAAUGUAAUGCAUGUUAUUUACUUAUAGUCUUGUCACUGAUUCUAACUCUGUGGAUAAAUGCUUAAGCAUGCAUGCCUGUACAUCUGAGGGUAUGUUUGUACUAAGAAAUAUGCUGUUAAGAAUCAGACAUUUAGUUUCAUGUGCUUGAGACAGGCUUUAUUUAUCUCUUCCUUUUUCCAUUUCUAGUGUCCACUAAAUCACUUUACUUAUUCAUUUACUUUACUUUAUUUGCUGCUGCAUAAAGCAUGUACUCCACUACAUCUCCCUCUGUCAUCUCCAUCCUUUUUCUUUUAUUCCUCUCAUAUUCAUAUGUUUUUUCUGGGAUGGACUCCUGCCACAAUGAGGAAGGCUCACCAAGUGUCUGCAUGCCGAAAUUUGAAAAUGCAGCCUUCAACCGUUCCAUAAUUGUUUCAAACGUAUGCGGCUCUCCUCCUGAGGACUACUGCAUGCAAACGGGUUCCACACGCUCCUGUCGCCAUUGUGACGCUUCAGACCUCGAGACAAACCACAAUGCCACCUACCUGAAUGACUUCCACAGUGAUGAGGAACCUACCUGGUGGCAAAGCCAGUCCAUGUUCUAUGGUGUCCAGUACCCCAACUCUGUCAAUCUAACACUACACUUAGGUAAAGCCUAUGAGAUCACAUACGUCCGGUUGAAGUUCUACACCAGCCGCCCAGAGAGUUUUGCCAUUUACAAGCGUACAAAUGAGACAGCACCUUGGCAGCCAUACCAGUACUACAGUGCAUCCUGCCAGAAGACCUAUAGGAGAGACUCCAAGGGCUUUAUACGACCUGGAGAGGAGGAGAGAACAGCACUCUGUACGGAUGAGUUUAGCGACAUCUCUCCACUAACAGGAGGAAAUGUAGCUUUUUCUACCCUUGAAGGAAGACCUAGUGCCUACAACUUUGACCAGAGCCCAGUACUACAGGAAUGGGUGACAGCUACAGACCUACUGAUCUCUUUGAACAGGCUGAACACCUUUGGAGACGAGUUUUUUAAGGAUGCCAAAGUGCUACGCUCCUACUUUUAUGCCAUCUCUGACUUUUCUGUGGGGGGCAGAUGCAAGUGUAACGGGCAUGCCAGUGAGUGUGUGCCAGACGAGCAAGGCCGUCUGGUGUGUGUGUGCGAGCAUUACACUGCUGGGACUGAUUGCCAACACUGUGCUCCAUUCUACCGGGACCGACCAUGGGCUCGCGCCACUGCAGACUCUGCUAAUCAGUGUGUUAAGUGCAACUGCAGUGGCCGCACGGACGAGUGUGUGUUCGAUGCAGAGCAGUACCGCAGUACAGGUAGUGGUGGACGAUGUAUUGGCUGUAGGGACAACACAGCAGGGUCACACUGCGAACGAUGCAGAGAAAACUUCUACAGAUCGUCUGCACUGCUUCCCUGCAACAACUGCAGCUGUAACACGAUGGGCUCUCUGAGUCUGCAGUGUGAUGAGGAAGGAGUGUGUCUCUGCAGGUCGAGCGUGAUGGGAGUAAAGUGUGAUAUCUGUAGACCUGGCUUCCACUCACUCGGACCAGGGGGCUGCAGGUUGUGCGAGUGUGAUGAAAGGGGCAGUGUAGGUGUGUGCUCAGCUGGAGAUGGAAGAUGCCACUGCAAAUCCAAUGUAGAAGGACAUGCAUGUGACAGGUGCAAACCUGGCUCGUUCAACCUCCAAGCCGACAAUCCACAUGGCUGUCAGAUGUGCUUCUGCUUCGGCCACUCGCUAGCGUGUUCAUCCUCCCAUCAGCAUGUGGCCUUCAACAUUACCUCCAACUUCCUUGAGGACACAGAUGGCUGGCUUGGCGAGUUCUCAGAACAUCAAGAAGCCUCCUUGAUAUGGAAAGAGGGAGAAGUCUAUCUGCUACCCUACAGCCAGGAGGAUGUCGGCUACUACAAAGCACCAGCAAAGUUUCUGGGGAACCACCUGCUAAGUUACGGCCAGCACCUUACCUUGUCAUUUACGGCUGAAUCAAGUGAGCUGUUGCCCAAGAUUGUGACUGUGGUUCUUAAAGGAUCUGGACUGUCAGUCAGCACUGACGUGUUCUCGACACAGUAUGAAGAUCGUGAGACAAGCCACACCCCUCGUAACAUCUUCACACUCAGGUUAACCGAAACAGAGAUGAAUCCAUUGCUCACUCCAUUUGAAUUUCGACGUUUACUCAACAACAUGACUGCACUACACAUCAGCAAUGUGGGAGGACUAAACUAUACCUCCCAGCUGUCUGGGGUGACACUGACCUCUGCGAUGCUGGCUGAAUCCUACUCCAACAUCCACGUCACACCACCUGCCCCUUGGGUUGAAGUGUGUGCCUGUCCACUGGGAUUCAUGGGACAAUUUUGUGAGCUAUGUGAGCCAGGUUUUACCCGAGAUAGUCCUAAUGGUGGGCCAUAUUCCCCCUGUGUGCCCUGUGACUGUAACCAGCAUGGAACGUGCCAUCCAGAAACAGGUGUCUGUGACUGCACAGACUUCACAACUGGCCCCUCUUGUGAGCGUUGUCAGGAUGGUUACUAUGGAAGCGCAUUGACUGGCAGCUCAGGAGACUGUAUGCCCUGCCCCUGCCCGGGCCGUACCACUUGUGCCCAGGUGCCAGAGACAGGGGAGGUGGUAUGUACCAACUGCCCAGCUGGACAGAGGGGAACCAGAUGUGAGUUAUGUGACGAUGGUUUCUAUGGUGACCCGCUUGGCUGGCAUGGUGAGGUGCGGCCAUGUGUAAGGUGCGAGUGUAACGAGAACACGGACCCCAAUGCUGUAGGCGUAUGUGAUCACAUGACUGGACGCUGCCUGAAAUGUUUAGGACACACAGACGGGGACCGAUGUGAAAAAUGCCAAAGCGGUUACUAUGGAAACGCUCUAGAUAGGAGCCUGAGGCCUUUCCAAAAGUGUUUGCCCUGUGUCUGUAACCCCACUGGCACUUUGGGGACAGUGAAUGAGUGUGAUCCUCGCACAGGAAGAUGUCUGUGCCUGAGGCAUGUGACAGGAAGAGACUGUGGACAGUGUGAGUUCGGUUACUUCAACCUGCAGCCAGGGCUGGGCUGUGACAGUUGUAACUGCAAUCCUAUUGGCUCCUCAUCCCCAAUGUGUCACCCAAUCACAGGCCAUUGUGUCUGUCGGACGGGUAUCAAGGGCAAAAUGUGCGAUGUCUGUCAAAUGGGAUUUUUUGGCUUUUCCUCCAGAGGCUGCAGAGCUUGUAACUGUGACCCAAUGGGAUCGGUGUCCAUGCAGUGCCACGCCAAUGGGACAUGUCCAUGUCGUCAAGGAUUUGUGGGAUACAAGUGUGACAAGUGUGCACUGAACCACUACCAAAACCCCCUGACCCACCAGUGUGAGGAGUGCCCUAUGUGCUACAGUCUCAUCAGAGACCAGGCAACUAAACUCAAAAGCCAGCUGCACAGUUUAGAGAGACUGCUUUCCAACUACGACUGCAGGAGCUUCAGGCACCGAAUCUACGUGCGUCCGAAUCACGUGCGCCAGCAUCACAGGCUCGAUAAUCACUUGCAUCAGCAUCAAGGCGAGGAUUACUUACCUAACGCGCUGGAGGAUUUUCUGGCCAUCCAAGAGGCACGGGAAGCUUUCAUCAGCCAGUUCACACAGCUGGAAACAUCUGCACAAGCCCUACAGCUCCAGCUGCAUGACUUUGCCAGCAUAACAAAUUGCAGCCUCCUGAAGCAAGAAGGAAGCCCAAGCAGCGAGGAAGAGAACACGACACCAAAGGCAACAAACGAGUGCCGAGCUCUCCUGGACACGUUUGCUGCUGUCACAGAAACACAGGCACAGCUUCAGAAGAUGACCUCGGAGCUUAACAGUCUAGUAAUCCCAUUCAUUAUCCCCAAAGGACCGACAGAGUGGAACGCCUUUGUGAACGAAUCAGAAGCUUUGGUGAAAAGUCAAAAAGAAAUGGCUGCUCAUAUUGAAGGGCUAGCAGGAGAGGUUUUAAAAGCAUCUAACAAAACUUAUUCCAUAUUGCUGGAUCUACUGAAGGAUAACUCCACAGAGCGCCAUUUACAGGAGCUUACUGAGCGAUUGUCAGACAUGCAGCAGCUGAAGGAGAAUCUCACACGGCAGGCGAAUAAGACCCGUGCUGCCUACCUGUCAGUGGAGGAACAGAACAAAAAAGCAGAGGCCAUUUUACAAAAUGUUACCUCCACUCUCCCCAAACAGCACAAGGACAUAAAUAACAACCCCCUGAACACCACCUCAGCUGAGCAGCUCAGUGAAGCAGAUAAUACAAUAACACGGGAUACGCAGCUGAUCCAGAGUCUAGACCUGGCUAACAGGACGGCUGAGCUGGAUUUGCUGAUCCAGUCCAAGGAGCAAUUGCUAAAUAAAACCAGGGAGAAGUUUCAAUCACGGCUGGAAAACGUUCACAACCAUUUAAACACCACUGAAGAGUUCAAGCAGCUGACAGCGCUUACCCAGGGGCUCAGAGAGAAAGCCCUUGCUUCAGUAGUGGAAGGAAAGAAGAUUGAAUCUGAGGCAUUCUCUCUCCAUAGACAAAUAGAAGGCUUAGAAAAGGAAUGGCCUGCUGUGCGCACACAGACCCAGGCAGCUCUGAAGAGAGAGGGCAUUGUGGAGGAGAAGGUCCUGCCAGAGGUGAAGAAGAGGGUGAGGCAUGCUGAGAGAGUGCUCAGACCUGCGCUGGAAAAUGCGACGCAAGCAAAAGACACAGCUACACAGGCUCAGAAGACAGCUAAUUCCAUCGCUAAGGAUGCUAAGGCGUCUUUGUCUAAGGGAAAGCAGGCAAAGAAAGUGUCUGCUCAACUAAAGACGGUCGUGAAUGCAGCCGUGCAGCAGCUGACAGAGCAGGAGAAUUUAGCUGCUCAGGCAGAUGUGCAAGACGAGCCCGAUGUUUCUCUGAAGGGCAUGAUGGGCAGCAUGGAGUUAGCCAAGAGCCAGCUGGAGGGUUUCACACACAUGCUAGACGAGCUGCUCGGUAAAAUAGAAAGGAAUACAGAUGUAGAGAAGUACGACCGCGUGCUGAACGAGACAGCUGCCCGUCUUCAAGUCCUCCGGGGAAGUGUGGAGAGCCCGGCACUGAACAGGAAGUUCGAGGUACUUCUUGGAGCUGCUGAGGCUCAAAAGAAACAGCUCGUGGAGCUUGAAAAGAAUCUGCAGGACAUCCAAGAAGAGCGAGACAGUCUGACUGAUAUUGCCCAGAAUCUACCUAAAACAUGCCCAGAGAGGAGCUAAAGAGAAGAUAAAAUAUAUAUAUAUUUACAUAUAUAUAUAUAUAUUUGGCAUACUCCUUCUGAAAUAUGUGAUUAAAAUAUAUUAGCUGCAUAUAAAGGAGGUGUGCUCAAUGAGAAUUCUUCAUGCAGUUCCACAUUUAACCACAAAUGCACACUAUCUAAUAAAAAUUUGGUUUUGUCUUCAUGCAGUCCUACGUUUUGUCCACGAGGUGUCGCCACAUAUACACGCUCUAAUAUAAGUCUGGUUUCUGAAAUUACAUAUACACUGCAACCAUACAAUUUUGAAUUACUGCCUAUGUAUUAUAAACCAUGAUGAUGUCCAAUAAAUCAUUUGAACGUCUUU